CAAGUAGGUGUCAACCUCCACUAGGAUCAACCAAUUCCGGAAGCAUCAUAUGCUUCUUGUCCUAGGUGAACGUUUUUACGGCGAGCUUUUCAACAAGGUCAAACCUCUGAUCAACACGGGUUGGAGAACAAAAUUAAGCAACUUUGCAUCCACGUCACAUUGCCCACUAUCGCCAUGAAUAGCAGAUCCCACCCCCUGCUAGAGCAGGUGCCGCUCACCGUGUCACCCUUUAUUAAACUCCCACAGGCGACAACGCUCCCAUAUACCUACCGCGCCAUGCCCUCAUCGCUACCGCCCUCAUCCACCGGCGGCAACCCGAGUGCCGACGACCACCAGCAACAGACCGACAAGCCACGUUACGUCGUCUCGGGGACGGGGCACGCCGCGCACCCGGACGACAUCGUGGCGUCGUGCCGCGCGCUGCAGGCCCACGUGGCCAAGCUGCAGGCCGACGCCGAGGCUGAGUUGCGAGAGCUUGAAGAGCGGAUCCGCGCGCGCGAGCUAGCCGAGAAGAGGCGCGUCGCGCCCGGCUGGCUCGACAGUGAGGCCAGGAUUCUCGAGCCGGAGAGGAAGCUGGCUGAUGGGAUGGAAGGGUUGAGCUUGCGUCCUGGGCCCGGACCUGGGCAGGAGGACGGGCCGAGCGAGAUGGCGGCGCCGGAUCAUGAUGACCCUGGGGCUGAGCUUGAUCGCGUAUUUGGGGGCAAGUGAUGAGGGUCCCUGCGAUGUUUGUGGACGUCGAAAGGUUUUUACUUUGCACAGAACGGGGUGUGAAGUAUCGCCUUGUCUUUCAUUGCUAGGCCUGGUCGCGGCUCGAAAGCGAUAACAUUGCACAUGAUGGCUUUGACAACUAGCUCAGGACUCUGCAGCUCUUCCCCACAGUUGCAUUUGGGUUAUGGCCUGACACUGGCUGUCUACACCCUCCAACUAUUGCGUCCAAAGCGAUAUUUGCGAGUUAGUGGCUUCCCGUUUUGACUACAUGCUAUCCAGAUAAUCGCGACAAGCAAUCUCUGUGGUCAAAAUUGAGAAGAGCUACCGGCAAGAUCAGUUGCUAUCUCGUUGAGGAUGGCUUCUGCAAAUCGUGAGCGAAAUUGUUGCACAUGACUUGGACGAUUGACGCCGCUUUAAGGACGAAAUUGGAGGUAUAUCUGUCAGUUUAUGGAGAACAACUGGGCAGAUAACAGGAAAAUAUGUUCUUCAUGGCAGUGUACGAUGGUGCUUUUUGGUUCGGAAAGUCUUCAACAGCGCCACUUAGAUAAUAUUCGAUCAGUGGUGGAAUGAUUGCGGCUCUUUUCAUCCGCCUUCACAUCAGACAGGUGUCAGAGUUCCUGUGCACUAGCCAAGGCGCUUGAGAAAAGGGGGAAAGGGGUGGCCUUCUGUAAUGUACACUAAUCCGAUACCAGUGUUCUAGUUCUACCUUGUAUAUUAAUAAGAUUGCCAACGUAUUCUCCAACGUCACUAAUUAGGUCGGUCUAAAAUUCAAUCCAAUUCGAUUCAAGG